AUGAGUAACAUCUCAUCAUUCUCCGUUCCAUUGGCCCUUAACCCUGCCGAGGCAGCGGGAUUGUCCGAAAGGGAUACCGUAACCCCGCAUCCAUUUCAGAUUUCGUCCCUGGCCGAGGGGCGCACCUGGAGCGAGAGCGACUACAAACCGGACACGGUGGAGAAGAGCCAGGAGUGGGCGGUGUCGCGAGACUUCUACUCCUCGGGAGACAACUCCUUCCACACCAGCGGGUCUGACAACAACAUCAGCUACCACAGUGAAUACGGCAGCGGGCGCUACACCGGCUUCGGCAACCAGAAGCAGUCGCAGUCGACCCCGAUGUCGCCCAUGCACAGCGGCAACGAGAUGGUUGACAACACCCUCGCAUCACUGGCCACCGGCUGGUCGAUGUUCGCGUCGUCCGUGAGCAAGGCGGCCCGCACGGCCACCGAGAGCGCCGUCCGCUACGGCGGCAUCGCUACACAGAAAGUCACCGAGAUGGCCUCCACCGUCACUGAGAAGGUGAACAACCGCGGCGGCUGGAGCUCGCUGGGCGGCGCCACGGAGCCGCGGCGAGCCUCCAACGCGGGCGCCGGCGCCGGGUACCAGUCGCCCAGCUACGGAGCCAUGAAGAGCUCCACCUCCGAGCCCUACUCGCAGUGGAACGAGCAGAGCCAGCCGUGGAAGGAGUCGGUCGCGACGCGCAACAACCUGGACGCGCGCGAUCUGUCGCAGCUGGGCGCCAGCCCGCCGCCCGGCCAGCAGCGAGCCGCCGACGACUCCUGGGACUGGCUCAACAACUAAACGACUGGCAGUGGCGCCCUCUGGUUGGCCUCAACAGUAUCACACGGCCUGAACUAAUCCAAGUUUCAAACCUACCUUCCCUUUUACAAUAAGCUACUUUAUAUUACUGCGGUGUAUUAUAAAGUUUCGACGAAUUUUUAUUAAAUACUUAUGUAUUUUCAAUUGUUAAAUAUAUAAAAACGGCAGCAUACAUCAAAAUAUUAUUGAAAAUUGUAUAAAUAUAGCAAAAUGUAUAAUAUGUAUCUUUAUGAGGUUCUAAAAUGGCAUUUCUAUCGAGAACUAUUUUCUUUUUCAAUAACUAUCUGUGUAUCCGCCUGGAACGGAUGCGAAGUACAAUUCCAUGUUAGAAUCUCAUUUUUCUAUACUUGUAUAUAAGUUGUUACGAAUUGAUUGCAUCACAUCAAUAAAGCCAUAUUAAUUUAGUUUAGAACUCGUUUGUACGUGACUGCUGAACAAAAUUUUGCUAUUUAAUAUAUAUAUUUACUUUGUACUUUUAGUUUUCUGAAGCUUCGCACAAACACUCGAUAGAUGGCGCUACUCCUUUAUUAAUAACAUUCUUGUAAAACGUAAUUUUUCAACACGAAAGCUAAAACUGUUUCUUUUACCAUUUUUAAAUGCAACAAUAGCAAAUUCAAAACUAGACUCAAAUAUUUGUCUUCAGUCGCACGAGUGCUUUUAUAACGAAGUGACGCUGAAAAAACCGUUCUUGAGAAUCGUUACUUACGUCUGAAUAAAGCAAACAGUCCAGCUAUCAAGUUGUGUUUGCAUGACAUAUGAAUGGAAACGAGUAGGAACUCUUCUUUAUAAAACGUGCUUGUUUUCGAUGAAAAAAAAA